GGGCCUCUAAGUGCGAAACUUUCCCCUGCUACCAAGGCCUAUCUGCUCCUAGGACUAUCGGGGAAAGUUUUUGCAAUCUAUUAGAAUCAAUGAAUUAUAUUAUAUUGAUUUCAACUGUAAAAGUAUUACGUGCAAUUUAAUAUGUUAUUGAAAAUGAGCAGAUGUUAGGGCUUUCGUAGCUUAGAUUUAAUUGGAUCGAAGAGGGAAGUACAUAUACAGGCCCUCCAUAGUUCCUCCUCAAGUGGACCAGGAUUAAAAUGUCGAAUCUAGAUAGUUCUGUGAGAUCGAAAUGCAGAAAGCUCUUCGUUGCAGCCAUUGAUUUUGGAACUACUUACUCUGGUUAUGCAUUUUCCGCCACAUCCGAUUGGUCCAAAGUUUUGACCAGUAACUGGACUGGAGGGAAGGUCGUCACUUUGAAGACACCGACAGCUCUACUGCUGAAUUCAGACAAGGAAUUCCAGGCGUUUGGAUAUGAGGCAGAGGACCAGUAUUUAGACUUGGCUCGAGAUGAAGAACACGAGGAUUAUUAUUUCUUUCAUCGAUUUAAAAUGAUACUUCAUUCCGAAAAAGCAAUCAGUCGAAAAACAAAACUGAAAGAUGCCACAGGUAAAGAAAUUGAAGCUAUAAAAGUUUUUGAACUCUCAAUAAAAUAUCUUGUGGGGGACUUGAUGAAAACUUUGAAAAACAGCUACCCGGAUUUAAAGGAAUCGGAUGUGGAGUAUGUUAUCACUGUUCCAGCUAUUUGGGAUGAUCGAUCGAAGCAAUUCAUGAGGGAAGCUGCGCGAGAGGCUGGUAUUGAGAAAUCUUCCUUGACCAUUGCCUUAGAACCGGAGGCUGCAUCCAUUCAUUGCCAGUAUUUACCAGCAAAAAACCUCAACCUGUCCACUUCCAAGUAUCUUGGGGAGCUUGCUGUUGGGACCAAGUAUUUAGUUGCUGAUUUAGGAGGUGGCACCGCAGAUAUAACAGUGCAUCAUAAAGUUGAUGACGGAUCUUUGGAGGAAAUGCGGGAAGCCAGUGGUGGACCUUGGGGAGGAAAAUCUGUAGAUGACGAAUUUGAGAAGUAUAUUCAGGAAAUUAUUGGAGAAAAAUCUAUGCAGGAGUUAAAGAAUGCCUGUUUCGAUGAUUAUUUAGAACUAAUGAGGAACUUUGAAUUCAAAAAGAGAUCUGCUAAGCCUGGAAAAGAAGGCAAUACACAUCUAUCCGUACCUUUGGGUCUUGUGAAUAUUGUUAAGAAAGACAAAUCACGAAAAUCUUUGGAGAAAGCCAUUGAAAUGUCUCCGCAUGCAGGAAAAGUCACUUUCGAGAACUGGAAGUUGAAAUGGAAAAAUGAAGAUUUUCUUCGUUUCUUUGAAAGCACAAUCAAGAAAAUUAAAGACCAUAUAAGGACAAUAUUAUUCGAUAGUGAUAUGGGAAAUGUUGAAACUAUUCUAAUGGUUGGGGGUUUUGCCGAAUGCGAAGUGGUCCAAAAGUCAGUGAGAGAGUCUUUCAAGAUGAAACGCCUUGUUGUUCCAGAAGAUGCCGGUAUUUCUGUAUUAAAAGGCGCAGUUUAUUUUGGACACAUUCCCGAUGCAAUAUCAAGACGAACAGCUCGAUAUACGUAUGGUAUCCAAAGCUGGCCCGCAUUCAAUGCAACCAAACAUCCCGAAAGCAAAAAAGUUGAAGUGAACGGUAAAGCUAGAUGUAAAGACGUUUUCUUCCCAUACAUUACCAAGGGACAACAUCUAACGGUUGGAUAUCAGAAAUCACAAAUUUUUCAAGCCUUAAACCCAAAAGAGAAAAAACUGGAGUGUGCGAUAUACAUCUCCGACAGCAAAGAUCCCAAAUUCGUGGACGACCCUGGAUGUCAUCGAUUGGGCGUCUUGGUUAUUCCCCUGCCGGAUCUCCCAGAUGGCGCAUCGAUCGAAUUAGAAGAAAGUAUGAUAUUUGGCGAAACAGAAUUGCAAAUUCAAGCUAAAGAUAUAUAUUCUGGAAGGUCCUACGAAGUACAGUUAGAUCUUUUAGAAGAACCUUCAAAUGAGACUGAUUAGAAAUACAACAUUCAGUAUGAAUAUUAUUAGGUGAUGGAGAGUCACGUGUCGUAGAAAGGGCGAGUUUUUGUUCUGAUUUAAGGGGGGGGGGGGGGGGGUCGAAACUAAACAUAUUCAAGGUAGUACUAACUCGCAAUGUGGACUGCCCAAAUUUUUCAAACGUUUUUUUUUCCACCUGUGUAAGACUAGAAUCGUGUUCGUAGUAUACUUACACUAGGUACAUGUACUGUUAGGAUUCAUUGAUUCGGAGCAUUCAGUUGUAUGUGUUCUAUGUGAAAUAAAUCGGGUGGUAAAAUAUA